AUGAAGUCCUGGAGACCACAUGCUGAGCUGCUUUCUGAAGAUGACAAAACAUCUCCACAACUCACCAGAAUUCAUGUGGCCUCUUCUAUAGGAAUGGCAAGUAUUUUUAAACAUAACUACAUAACUGUCACAGUUAAAAUCUGGGUAAUUUUUAACACUUUAAGGACAAAAAUGAUCUCAUUUAGUAGCAGAACAUUAUGGAGAAGUUUUGCGAUAUAAUUAGCUAAAUAUGAUGUUGAUAUACUUUUAGUGGUUAUCUCUUUUUUUACUGUUAAAUAUAUAUAACUAAAUGAAAUAUUUACAAUACCUAAUUUAAGAUAAAGAAUUGAUACUUGUCAACCUUGAAUACUAAUGAUCAUAUAAUGAUGGUAAAUACUGGAAAACUUAGUAAUGAUAAAACUAUAAGUUGUUCGGCAUUUUGAUUUUACUUAAAUUACUAUCAGGGUAAAAAUGACAGUUUUAUUGCAGUGUGAAUAUAAAUCAGUGGAACUAGUCAAGAGUAGUUGACAUUUGCAUGUGAUCUCCAUAAAAUAGUUUGGUGUGGACAGAGUCAGUUUGGAUGUUCAGAGUUGGCUCGAGAUCUUGAAUAAUUAUCAUUUUAUGGAUAAUUAGACAAUAUUAAUAAUGAUGAUGAUGAUGAUGAUGAUAAUGAUGAUGAAGAAUGUAGUAUUAUUUUGGACUUUUGAUAAUAUGGGUGCUGUAUAGGUGUAGUUUGUAAUUUAAGGAGGGUACUUGGUAAUAUUUAAGUAUCCUGGCUAAUACUUAGUGGGAAACUGCUAUUUUUUCCGACACUGGAAUAAAGUAUUUAAUUACUAUUGUUAAUAAUGUUGUGAUGAUUAUGACCAUGGUGACAAUUACAAUGAUAAUGAAAUAAUAGAAAUGUUUUCCUCAUGUAUAUAUUUAGAAAGCUCAAUUUGCUUUCUUGUCAUACAACGUUAUGACUAAAAAUACAAUUAAAACUAUAACAAAUUAUUUUCAUGCCUUUAAAAGCUUCCAAAAUGAUAAUGUCCCUGUGCUAAUCUUGAAAGAUCAAAAUUAAGGUAAAUUGAAUAUGAAGUAGAAUUUUGGAAUCCAAGGUUUUCUUGUAAUCUGCACAAUUUGUGUACACAGAAGGCAAAUGCACAAUGACAAUAAGCCAUGGAAUUCACUACAACUUCGAAUGAAUUUAUGAUCAUGUGAUAGGUUGUUGCUCUCAGUAAGUUUUCCUUUUUAUUGACAUUGAUAAAAUGUCAUGAUUUUGUCAAUGAAUUAAUUCUAUCGGAGGCUAUAAUUUCUAUGAAGUUAGACAUUUUGACUGCACAUGGUGAUUGAAAGGUUAAUUAAAGACCAUAAUUUCGACUUCUUUAAAUGUUCCAAAAAGCAUUCAAGAAUUGGUGUUAAAUCCAAAAAAAAUUGAUUUAAAUUGGAUUUCUUUUUCAUAGACUUAUCUCUUAUGCACAAGACUCACGAAUCAUACAAAAAUUCUCAGCAUGACCUAAAAGUAGAUCCACAUGUCUUUGAUGUUGAAUUCAAAACACUUAUUAAAUAAAUCAGAUAAAACUAUUUGCAGCUUAUAAAAAAUCAGAAUCAGAUAAAUACAACUUUGAAGUUGAAAGUCAUGCAAUUUUAAUUAUGCUUUUUAGAAAAUCACAAGCCUAUCAAAUCUUCAUCUGACAUACUCUUCAUUUUUUGAUAAAAUGGUCAAACACAUCUCUAGGCCAUAGUGAUCUGCACAAGAUAUUUAUUCAUAAGAAAUUUUAUGUGCUCAAAUAAUUUUUGUCACUUGAAAACACGGGUGAACAGUUUUAAAUAUUCCUUGCAGUCUUGUAAUUCCUAGACUGAUGUUUUUUAUUAUUUAUGCAACAAAUCAAAUUGGAUUUUCACAAAGUGGUUUUUAGCAAGUUUCAAUGUGCAUUAAUUGAUUCAAGGAAGCUGAAUAAUAAAUGUCUCAAAACAGAAAAAGGUAAGAAUUUUCAUGUGCUGAACAGUAUUUCAGUGUUCAAAAAGAGAAAAACAGAGGUACAGUGAUUUGAUUUGUUUUUUAUUUGCUGUCUUGAGUUUCUCAAUCAGUUGUAUUUGUUAUUCAGGGAUUAUGGAAAGAGCGAAUUAUUUCUUCAAAACAAGCUACUGGCCUUUACAUACAUGUACUUGUCUGAAUAUAUUUGCGGUGAUGGCUGACUGAAACCAAGUGAUCAUGUCUUCCUCUAAUGUGACUUUGUAUACAUUUCACAUUGUCCAAGUUAGUUUUGAAGAAUUUCAAUUUUCACCUCCAUUAACUCAGUAACAUUCUGAUGUGCCUGUGGAAAUCAGUGUUAAUUUGAAAUAUUUUUCCUAUUCCCGAGUAUUUUAUAUGCAUAAAUAUGUUUAAACGUUUUUAUAAAUGUUCUGCGUCUUUUAAAUGGAUAUAAAACAAAUCUCAUGUUUGUUUUUGAUGGUGGAUAUAAAUAUGUACACGAAGAAGUAUUUAUAUAGUUUUUUGCUCUUAUAUAUAUUAUAUUAUAUAUAUAUAUAUAUUUGGAUGGAAAAUAUUGACUGCUUAAUGUAAUAUCUUCUAUGAAGAGCAGCCAAUAAGAACAUCUCUAAAUUAUUUUAAUUUGUUUAUCAGGAGCCCAUUGUUAGAUGUUGAUAAAUUCUGUGUUGUAGUUGGUACUGAGAAACAUGAUAACAAUAUAGAAUUGAUGUCAAAGAUGUGAAAGAUAAACUAUUUAUUGGUGGUUCUCUACAACAUCAGUAUAUUCAGUUGAUAGGAAUAGACAGGCCAACAUUUCUGCUAUUUUCUCAUGGCUUAUUUUCAAAAGAAAGCAUAAUAACUAGAAUAGAAAAUUACUAAGCAAAUCAUGUGGGUUUAAGUUAAAUGUUAACUCCAAUAUAGACAUAAACCAACAUGAAAUUUUGACUGGGAUUCAAAACAGUUACUUCUGGGAGACUUCUAAUAAUGUUCUCAUGGACUCUUUGGAAAUUUCAUACAAAUGUACUUUGAAACUGGAUGUGAAAUAUUGAGUUAGGAGUGUAUGGUGUGCUUUCUGGUUCCUGUGAGUUGAUCAGAAAUAUUGAGAGUUUUAGAUAAAUUAGAACAUUUACUUAAUGUUACAACCAGUUGAUAUGCUUUUGUUGCAGGAAAUGACAGUAAAUGAUGGUGGAUUUCUCAAUGCCGUCAGGGAUGGAAGCUGUACUCAUGUGCUGAAUCUGUUGCAUGGAGGAGGGGUGGAUUUGGAGCAGAGAGAUGAGGUUAGAAAUGUUGGAAAUUAAUAAGGAAACAAACUAACUAACAAACAAGGUUACCAACAAAAACAAGGUCUUGAAAAUUGUUGCUGAGUAUCUUUGUUGAGCCCUGGAAAAUUAAUUUGAGUCUUGGUAAUUAAUGGCAAUUGGGAGAAAUGACCAAAAAUGCUCUUCUCUGAGAAUGGCAAAGCAAGAAUUACUGUGCAUUGGAUGAAUGAUGAUUUUUUUCAUUAGAUUGAAACCAACCUUUUAGUGGUGCAUUGUAGGUUGUACAGCAAAAAAAUACUGGAAAAGACUGUGAACCAUUUUUUGUCUUAUAAUUAAUACUUUAUAUUCUCUGUGUCGGAAAAAUAUGAAGUUUUACAUAACUUAUGUAGCGUUUAGAUGAAAAUGAUGUUGUCCAUUUUAAGUAAUUUUAAAUUAGUUGUAUAUGAAAAUAAAAUGAACCUAUGAAUUAAUAGAUUGAUUAUUUAUAGGUAAAAGUCGCUCCUAAUAAGCAGUCAGUAACAAAAAGUUCUCAUCAAACAUUUUUUAAUAGAAUGGCCAAACUGCGUUGAUUAUUGCUGCUGAAAAAGGGAAUGUUGAAAUUGUUCAUGAAUUGUUAAAGAGGAAUGUUCAAGUCAAUAUACAAGAUGAGGUGAGGUCUGCCAUGGCCAUUGGUAAACAUAAUUAGGUAUUUCAAUUUGAAGAGUUUAAUGAUUGCUUUAGAAGUUAAUUCAGUUAGGACACUCUCUUAAACUCCUCUCUCUCUAUUGAACUGCCUCAUCUUAUCUUAUCUAUCUGGCACCUCCUUCUUCUUUGAUAAUCCCCCUUGUUAUAAGGUGGUGUUGCGUAGGACAAAACUUGAAUUUGAAAGCCUGUUCAUUUUGGUUUGAAAUGUCAUAGUUUUUUUAACCAAAAAAAUGAAUACUAUAAUGUUCAGUAUUUAAUAAAUGUGGGCAAGAACUCAGAUGUUAAAUAAAGACUUUCAUUUUGGCCCCCAGUGAGUUUUAACCAAGGGCCCCCCCCCUACUUCUCUCAUAGGUCAACCUCUCUUGUGACCUCACUUCUCUGAUAAGCUCUUUCCCCCCCCCCCCCCACACACACACAUCUAAAAGUCCUAGACUUUGGGAAGCUUCUUGGAAUAUAUUAGAUAAGAACACUUAAAAAAACUUUGUAAAUGAUUAUUAUUUGACAAUAGUAAUAAUAAUAGUUAUAAUAAUAAUGUGAAUAAUAAUAGGUAUUUCAGUCAAUAAUUUUAUUAUUGAUUCAUCAAUAAAAAGCAUUAAUGUUGGCAAUUAACAUGGUUCAAAAAAUUCUGGAACUGAGUUUAGUUUCCUCAUAUCUUAGGAUGGCUGGACAGCCCUUAUUGCAGCUUGCAAAGAGGGGCAUUACGAGGUUGUCAAGGAGCUCAUGGAGAAUGGAGCAAAAGUUCAGUUACCGGACUUAGUAAGUUCAAUAUAUCUGAAUCAUAACAUUACGAGUGACCAAGGUCAUUGUGUUAAGUUCUGAGCAAGGGAGUCUGCUCUCUUAAUGCACCUCUCUACCCAGAAGUAUAAAUUUGCAGCUAUGGGAAUUAAGCUCAUGAACACCUACCGUAUCUUUACACAUCUGUCACAAUCCUAUGACCAACAGAAUAUUCUCUAUUAUAGGGAGGUUGGUCUCCUUUGGUAUGGGCUUCAUACAAGGGACAUGCAGACAUUGUAAGGGAGCUGUUGGACUAUGGCGCAGAUCCUAAUGAAAGAGGACAAGUAAGCCACCAUUUUAGAAUGUUUGUAAAACGCUUAUGUGAGCAGCCAGCCAAUCAGAGAGGAGUAUUUUGGGCCCAAGAUGGAGAGGACCAAUCCGCUUAAAAAUUGUAAAAGAAGUUGGAUACCUUCGUUGUCAUACUUGCAGUUGAUUGACCCAUUCUGGUCACAUGUGCAAAAGAUUCUCUUCUCUGAUUGGCUGGCAACCAAGAUAAUCGUACUUUGUAAACCUAAGUUGUGUGCAGCUUGGUGCCCAGGAUCCCUUUAUUUUUUUCGCUUAAAUUUACUCGGAAAGAGAUUGAGGAAAAUAACUUGGGUUUUGAAUUUCGUCAUCUCAUUUGACAUGCGCUAAAUGAAGCAACGAAUUUCAAAACCUAAAAGUAUACGGUUCUGUUCCCGACAUGGUUAAAUAUUUCAUUCCUAUUUUGCUGAUAUUUCAAACUUUUUUUUUUAAUUUGGCGACAUUUGCAGUGGAAAUAUUAAUUUAUAAUACGGCAAUGCAUGUUUAUUUUACUGUAAUUCAUCAGGAAAUUAUAGACACGACAAUUAUUUUAAAAAUCCCGAUAGUGUUGUCUAUGAAACUUUGACUUAUCACGGAAUACUUUCAAGUCUACUUCGAGAAGACCAAAUAUUUUCGUGCUUUACCCCAGGGGUUUUGAUAAUGUUUGUCAUAAGCGCCUGCCGAUGAUUUAAUAGGCGGCUGUGUGACUGUAAGGCGAAACCCAAACAGGAGACCAGCUCGCAGGUUGAACAGACGGCGGUGAGAGGUCUUAUCGGUGGUGGUAGACCGCUAGUAACGGCAUUUAUUGAAACCCAUGGCUUAAACUUGCAGCACAAGUAGAGUUGCUAUAAAAAACCUGCUCUUGAAAAGACAAAUUUCGUAAUAUUCUUGCGUUUUCGCGCUGUUGUUUGAUUGGAUGUCGUGCAGCAGUUAAACGAGCGCCAUGACGAGAAUUUCCCGAAAGCGACUGUAAUUUCGAUUCAGUGUUUUUUUAUUUAUCUUUCAAAAAAUACGGCUCUUGCGUAAAUUACUAUUGAUGAAACUAAGAAUAAAAAAAACUUAGGAUUUUGUGGCAGAACGGAAAGCAUUCUUUAAAGUUUUUUUGGCAUCGUUGGUUUUUCUAUUUCGGCUUCCCCAUGGCUUCCUUGCAGGAAGUUUUGAUGACUUAUGCAUGCCGCGAACCGUCACAGGGAAAAAAUCAGGAAGCAACAGAAGUACGUUUACCCGACGAUAUUACGUAGUUAAUUAUUUAUUUGUCUCGUGUAGAGCACUAGCUGUAAUUAGUUUCCCGCGUAGAACAACUCAAGGUGGUAAUUUCUUUUAGAGCUAUAUUUACUCGGGACAAACCAUUGCAUUUCUUUUUGUCUUAAUUUAAUGUGAAUUGCUUUCAAGUUUGGAAUCAAGUAUUCUUUAAUUUAGCUUUAUCGUGCACUUGAUUUUUGUUCUCACAAAGUUGUAUAUACGUUCAUUCAGUUGUUAAGUAAACGUUUCUUUUGUCAGCAGCAAAAACCUUUGUUUUGUCUUGUCAAUUAUAAAUAAUGCUCGAUCUUUCGAAAAAGUUUGUAAAAUGACAGUUUUCACUCACCAGGGAAGCCGAAACACUUGCCUGUUGUUUAUGCAUUCGUCAAGUUUGCUAUCAUGAAAGUCUCUCGACUUCAAAUCAAUGAUAAAAUCUUUUAUCUCUCUGCUUCCUAUGACUUACUCUUUGAAGGCAAUUGAAUUGAUAACGUUCUUUAGAAAAAGUGUUGUCGCUUGAGGGAAAGUUUUGUCUACAGAAAUAAAUCCGGUAGUCUGGUCGCGUUAGGACAUCUUCGUAUCUUUGCGUUAUUUAAGUGAAAGAGGAUUAAAUUUUUGUUUCAACUUUAAGCUGCUGUUUUUCGAGAUUAAUAUUUUACCAUCGCUGCUCUAAUUGCAUGCUAAUUGAAAAAACUUCCAUCGGCGAUCUGCGUCAGUAUUCAUUUAAUGCAUUUCGGGUUUCUGUUAUUUGGUUUUAGCAAUUGUCUUUUAAAUCGGCGCCACAGAUCUGAGAGCUCAAAUUCGACGGGAAUAUACUGACAGAGCAUACAGUAAGAUUUCUUUUCUUUGUAAUCAAAGAAUUGAGAGGUGAAGGACUGUAUUGAUGUGAACAAUUGUUACUUAAGAUACUCUGACAGGUGCUCUUUGGCGUAGACGAAUUUACUAGAUUCUUCUCAUCCGAUCUGCGACAAAAAACCACGACAGAAACCGCGCAUUUCAAGUUGCUCUCAAAACGAGCUCGGCGGACAGAUUUGCUUAAACUCUGCUUUUUAAAAAAUCCGGGUUAUGUUUCUUCCUCAGGUCGCGCUCAACCGCAAUCCAGUUGGGUAGACAAUAUAUACAUUCGUUUUGGUCAUCAUUCGCUGUGUCUUUAGAUGUUGUUUAGUUUUGCAUAUAUUUUAAAAGUCAUUAACGAUUCGUUCGGCAGGUGAAUUGGGUUUAGUUCAGUAGGGAUCGAACUGUGAGCAAAUUGAGAUCUAUAUUUUUUGUUAUAUCUCGUGUGGCUCGUUAAAUCUAAUUACACUCGGAAAAUUUUGUUCGUGAGCUGGUCUCCCUUUUGGCACCAUCAGAAGACAGCACUUAGGAUGAAUCCAUCUAAACGUAAGUCGUUCUUACAAGCUAUAAAAUAAAUCUUACGAUAUCUUUUAGGUGAUAAGUUGGAGUGUAUCUGACAUCUCCAGGCAUCUAAGGGAAUUAGCACACAACUGCGUUUGCUAUUGUCAGAGAUUUUUUAACGACAUAGGCUUGGUUGACAUAAACACAAGUUUUCAUUAGCACUUUACAUUAUACCUCAUCGUACAAGCUUCCAGUUCAAAUUUUAAUUAUUGUAAGGAAUUGAUUUUUUUAUAAGGAGCUGAGAAAAUAAAUGACUUCCUUCCAAGAAGUUCUUAAUCCUGAAGUUGUAUACAACCGCAUGAAUUAUGUAAACCAAUAUCAGAACGAAUUUAUUUUUUGCCAGUGUGCUUGUAACCCUUUUCAUAGCAACGUUUUUCGAUAAUAAUUCUUAGAUUGACGCUUUCAAUCAUCGAGUAGACUGUUCAUCCACACUAACGCUAAAAAACAUUUCCUGAUUUAUUUUUCAAGGUACGGCGUUUUGUCUCUCUUAAAUCUUGUUUUCAUUUCCAAAAGACCUCAUGCAUGCUCUCCGUUUUGUGGACAUCGAAGAGUGCAAUUUUUUCUUCUCUUUCAAUGUUUUUAUUCUUAAUUUACCUUAUUGUAUGUUCCGAUGAAAGCGGCUUUGGUAAUUUUGAUCUCGUCUCAUUAAUUUGAGUGUGUUUAUUUUAUUUUAUUUUUAUUUUAUUUUGUGCCUCGUUUAUUGUUUUUAAACGAAACUGCAGAACUGCGCAUUCUGUGUCCGCGGGAAAAAAAUAAGAGACAGCUUUGCAAAAGAUGUAUUUUUUUGCGAUUGCUUCAUUGACUCGUAUUUUAUGAAACGUGAUGAUUUUGGUGGAAAUAGUUAUAGCACCCGAAUUGAGUAUCCUUAUUUUUUUGUCUGUUUUGCAUGAAGUAGGAGACGAUCGGUGAUAUGUGUACUAUAGCUGAUGGUAUUCCGAGGCGUGAAAUUAUGUUUAAUUUAUGUGUGGUUUUGCUGUAAUAUGUGCCCCUUUUACUCUUAAUUGGAUCUUUCUAUUCUCUUUCUUAAACUUGAGUUGAACACCGAAAAUUAUGGCAUUUGAAACGAUUUGGCAAAUGUAUGUACUUGUAAACGAAGGAGAAAAAUUCUUGUCGGCGUGUUUCAAUUACAGUCGAUGUUGUUAUUAAACUAUGCGGAAUACCCUACGUCUUCUGGCGGACACUUUACUAUAAACAAAGACGGAAGUCUGUAAAAAAAUUAUUAUCCUCAAAAUAUCUUAAAGCAAACUAAUAUGUUCUCAGAUGGAUGUCUGUAAUAGUGUUAAGAUUUAUCCAAUGACGUUGAAUGGAUCCACUUUCCUAAGCAGAGGUGAUUAUGCUGUAUUGCACAUGCAUUCAGACGGUUGUUGCUAAGCUUCUCUACUUUCUAGAUCUCCGUGUGGGGAUUUUCCCUCUCGUAAAAAUCUCGAAUAGAACGCUAUUAUCUUCGGUUCUGGAAUUGGAACAACUGAUACAUUAGGAAGCACUUUUGCUGCAGAUUUUCACGUCAUUGUAUCGAUCAAAAAAAAUUGAUAUCGACAGGAACUUCGAGGAUUGUUGGAUAAACUUAAAAUGAACUAUAAAAAUAAUCUAGAAAAAAAUAUGUGGUAAGUUUAUCAAAAUUCGACGGUAUGUGCAAAUAUGAUGUACUGUCCCAACUUGAAGAACGUUUUCCAUUGUGAUGAAAUAUUGAAAUAUUUUUGCCCACUCGAGAUUGGAUUGAAGUCGAUGGUACAUCUGAUGAUAUUUCCUCCUAGACAUAAUCUGUUCGCCUUCACGAAACAGAUAUGUCCACCGAAAAAUAUUCGAGCAUAUUUCCGCGCCAAACGGAAGCUGAUGUUUAUUUAUUUGAGAACAGUAGCCGAAGGUCAUACUAUUUGCAAUUUAUCUGUGGUGUGUUUCACAGGUAAUGUAUUGCUGUUUUUCCGCUUUACGUCAUUCAAAUGGAAAAUACUGGAGACCUGAAGUAGGUCACAAAGGCGACGGUGAAGAGACCGUGGUGAAUGAAAACAUUUAGUGAGCAGAAAAUAACUGCGGCGCACGUGCGUUAGAGGAUUCUUGCAGUUGUUAGCUGUCAUCUGUAAAAUAAUAAAGUAAAAGAACAAAAUUUUGUCCAUUCUAAGGACGGAAACACUGAUAGCAAAUUAGUUAUUUUUUUAACCCAACGUUUCCUUCAUCUUUUAUUUGGAAGUUACAUCAGGUGCCGUUAGAGAAGGUAAAAACAUCGAGCUAUUCGAUAAAAUUCUAAAAAAAAUUUCAGUUAAUAUUUUAAUCGACCCUCACGUUCCGUCCCAACAUCUUUGUGGCUUCCACAAAACUAUUUUUCUUUUUAUACUCACUCUAAGGGCCCAAGAGUUAUUUCAUAAUUCGCUUGAAUUAAAUACACAUUUACUUUUGUUUCUGUCAUUUCCUCAGUUGACCCGGCACGGAAUAUAUAUAGAACGGGUCAUUUUCCUCAAUCGGUUGUAAAUUUAUGAGUGUCUUUUUGGCGAUCUCUGAUAAUUCGCUGGCCAGCAACUAUCUGAUACAAAAAGUACAAAUAUCCUAUAAAUAUAGAGGAUAAAUGAAUUAAAGACAACAGCAAUACUUUUGACAAACAAAGUGAAUGCUCUGCGGUGUUAUAAUAUGCGUGUAAGUUGUCGCACGGAACCUGAUUGAUGUGUGUGACUCGAAUGAACGUUUUCUGCUAUCGGUUGGUAUUUCAAGACCAUUGAAGAUUUCAGCCUUUUCGUACAUUAGUUUAGAAGGGAAAUGAGACAAUUUGCAACAAAUCGACUCAGUCUGGCUAAACCGGGCAACUUCAAAUGAAAUUCGGCCAGAAAUUAGUCUUAAUACACUGCAGUUACAAAUGUCGUCUUCACUAGUAUGGGCAACAAUCUUGACUUUCAUAUAAUCUUGAUACUUACCUCGUUUGAAGACAUUUGAUGUUGACUGUAGUCGAUCCAAGAAAACAUUUGUUUUGUGAGAGAAAACACCUCGACUUAUUUUGAGAAACAUUAACAAGGUCACGAAUGUUCUUAAAAUUCCUUUGGCGUUCUUUCCGGCAAUGAGCGCUGUACUCAGUUCCAAAGAUCGCCCGGGCGAGGCUGCUUCUAAUUGGUCAACUGAGACUGCAUUCGAUCACGUGAAGGCCUGGCGUGACACAUGUCUUGCUUUUUUUUUUCUUCUCAGCAUGGUAUGACAGCCCUUAUAUGGGCAUCAGGACGGGGACACAGUGAGGUUGUUGAUCAUUUACUGGAAGCUGGAGCCAAUCCCGACGCUGCUGACAAGGUGCGUGACAUGUUUGUGUAGAUGACUCUCACGUGUUAAACACGCGUGGAUCUAAAGAUUGAUGCCUUGUCGUCGCAUGUAAAAUUGUGUCAAUGUAUCCGUAUUUUUCCUCAGGAUAUGUUCAGUUUAGGCCGGGUCCUCGGGUUUGAGCUUUUGUCAUUGUAUUACUGAAAUUUAUCCUUAGAUAACUCAAACUUAGGCUGGGUCCCCGGGUGUAAACAGAACUUGUGUCUAGUGUAAUUCCCCCCCCCUGGAUAUCUCUAACGUAGAUCGAGUCCCAGGUGUGGAACUAUGUUGGUGGAUCACUGUAAGUUAACCGUAGAUAUAUCAAAAGCCCGGUCGCUGAAACCAGUUUUUUUGCUCCCCCGAUAAAUUUUCUGUCAGGAGGCUAACAUCCCAUUUGCAAGCUUGUCCUGUUAAUCAAUGGCAUUCCUCUGGCUUGAAUAGUUUUCGUUUUUUCUUGUUUCAGUAUGGGACCACCGCUCUUGUUUGGAGCUGCAGAAAAGGACACUUAGGAACUUGUCGAAGUCUUGUAGCAAAAAACGCUAACGUCGAUACCGCCAGUAGUGUAAGUAACUUAGUAUUGCCAUGGAUACUAUUGCUAUGCUGCACUUCAUGUUGAACCAAUCAGCUGCAAAUGUGCAUUUGCUUUACAUUUUAUUGCAUUAUGCAUGCGCCAAGUUCGCAAUUUAUAUUCUGACGGUGUAUUGCACUUAAAUUGAGGCGUACUCUGCAGUGAUUUUAGCUUUGAGGCCGUAAGAAGAAACUUAUCAUGAGACAGUUUUAUUUGGGUUAUUUUAGAGAGGUUGGACCCCGUUAAUAAUGGCAGCAAAAGGUGGUUACACAGAGGUAGUGGAUUGUCUCUUGGAAAAGGAACCUCACAUAAACGCUACGGACCAGGUAAGAAUAAGAUUUUAAAGACAACACUGUCUAUUCAUUCCUUUUUGAGCAUGCCCCAAAAUUUUUUUUCUGAAAUAAAUUGGAUAACUUGGAUUAACAGUUAAAAGAUAUUUUAAGGUGAUGAUAGUUCUCUCACUGAUUUGAAAACAGGAAGGGAAUUCCGCGUUGAGUUGGUCAGCCAAGCAUGGGCAUGAAGAGAUCGUCCAACGACUUUUGGCAAGAGGGGCGUACUUUAAUUUACCAGAUAAAGUAAGUGAUCCUCUUUUGAAUCAUUUUAGGCAAUCUUCAACUGGAUGUCGAGAGACUGCAUUGAUUUUGCUUCACUUUGCUCCUUGCUUGAUGCAGAAAACUCGCGCCAUUCUCUCGACCAAUCAGAUGCAGAAGUAAAACCAAGCGUGAUUUGAAUGCCCGCGUUUUCCCGCGCUUGAGGCUGUGUUCACGUGUUUACUUUGAGUUCUGAUUGGUUCGUUAUGUUGUACAUCUUUUUUUCUGAUUGGCUGUUGGGAUUGCUAUGGUUUUAGACACUAAGUCGAACCACGUUCUGUUGGAAACGAUUUUAACCCAAGAUAUAUAAUUAUAUUCAGUGCGGAGAGGUUAUUGUUUUCUGCGUAAAUUUCUGCUCGUGUGCAUGUACAGAUUAUUUUUCUCUUCUAUGCAAGCGAAGGAAAAAACGAAAAGGAGAAGUGAUUUUUAUUGCUAUAGAUUUUUUUCUUUGGCCCUAAUUAGAGAUAUAUUUUAUCGACCUUAAAAGGAGGCAAUUAUAAAUAAUUGUUGUCUAUCGAAUCACUAUAAGUGUGUUCUCCAUUGUCAAUUGCUCGAGGCGUUUUUCGACCGGAAGAAACCAAUUUUCCCAUACGCCCCUAAUUUUUGGGUUGAAAAUUAUAUCGAAUUAUGGUCUAGAGCAGCUUUUUUUAAAAGUAGUUUGUACUCGCAGCCUAUUAGAGAAGCUCUUUAUUAAGUAAAGUAAAAAAAAAAGCGUAGGUGUUUUCGAGCUAGUGGUCAGAUUUGGCUUCGAUUCAAUCAGUAAUUUCCUUUAGAGCCCAUUUAAAUGGGUUGCAUGAAACGUGGUUUUUGCGUCACCAUCUUGAAGUGGGCGUAAUUUGUAAAAUGUAAUUGCCCGGAACUUUCAAUUCACGGUUCAUGUUUGUCUGUUACCGAUUUUCUGUGCAUGUUCUUACGGUUUCAAAGUACAGUGAACCGGAUGAGCAAGGUUUAUUCCACUUAUUGGAAGGUUAAAGCUUUCGAACCAGGGACAGAUGUUUGUAAGUUUAGACGACAGAGUUUUGUCUGAUAAUGAUCUGAAAUGAUAUUCAUUGAGGUUGAUAGAUAACUCAGCCAAGUUCACCCUUGAAGCUUUUUGUUCGUGCGGUUUCUGUUGACAAUUUAAGCUGUUUUAUUGCGAGUUUUGGUUUUUAAAAGUGAAUUCUGAGGUUUUGUCCUCGAUCAAUGGUAAGUUGCUUCAAAGAGUUUCAAGUUUCGAGCAAGCAUCUUCGCUUGAGUCUGCAGUCCGCAGCGAGCGAAACGCCCGCCAUUGAAAAAAAGGCACCACUUUGGCAAAUUCAACAACGCUUUGGGUAUUUCAAUGGAAUGUAGAAACUGCUUUGGAUUGAAAUGUGAAUAAUUGUGGUAAAUUGGAUGAAUUCAAAUAGCUGCAGGAUCACGUGAACUGUAAGCGAUACGCUCUGAAUCAAUAAAAUCUGUGACUUCAAUGUUGUAUAAGAAGUUUUAAACAGAAAGUUUUUGUUUUGCUUUCAGGAAGGCGAAACUGUUUUAAUCUCUGCUGCAAGAGACGGCCAUUUAGAGGUUGUGCGGACAUUGUUAAGCAAAUAUGCAGAUGUGGAGGCUGCAGACACCGUAAGUUUUUAAAAAUGAACAUUUUGAACGUAGCAUUGGCUGUUUCAAGGCCCAGUUGCAACAAUGGAGUCGUUUUGAAUGAACUUUGCAGUUUCUGUUUUGGUUUUCUGUAAUAUCAGCUCUGAGGAACAAAAGCAAACGAGCGGAAUAUGGCGUUUAUUUACUAAAACAUUUCAUUUCCACCUCCUGGUGUUAGGAAUAACAUCAUUGUUCCAAUUCUAUAGAAUCUGUUUGCUUAAUCAAAUCGUUUUAAAGUCGUGUCGUGCUGAUCACAGGGAGUGUUUUGUUGAUGAUAAAUGCCGCUCACUUCUCGUUUGACUACAGUAGUCUUGCCGCGUAUCGCAGAUUUUUCAUCAGCUAAUUUGCUGGCGGCUGUUUCAUGUCUCGUUCCUUCGAGUAUCGUUUUCAGACGCGCAGGCUUUCAAAGGUCAGUCUCUGGUCAUAACUUUCGAAUGUACUACGUCAUUAUAUCUCUUGGGGGACACAUACACGACUUUUCAGAGUUCGCAUCCCUUAUUUACCUUAUAUACUGCUUGAAUUUUAUUCCAAAUUGUGUUGAAAUGUUACAGUAAGUGGGCGAUAGAAAUAAAAAACUUAUAAAUUACAGCUCUACGUAUCAGAGGCCGAUGCAAUUCGACCGGGUACGUACGCGAAGAGCUAUGUGCUUGCAUUGCCAUAACUAGUUAAUUUUUCCCAUGUAACAAAUGAAUUAACUUUUGGUCUGGAGCAGAGCAUAUAUCCAAGCUUGUAGCGUCAUCUGUUAUUUUAUUGUCGAGUUUAGGGCUAUUCUGAAGUUUUUUUUUUCUCUUUUUUUUUUUUUCCAACCUAAUGUCUUAAUUCCUAGACAGCAUGGCGUCGCUGUAGAAGUACCAGAUUAUUUCAGAUUAUUUUCAAAACAGUAAUUAAGUGAAUAAGUGGACUUAUUUUGACGGACUAAACCAAAUAUUUCUCUUAUAAUGCAUGAAAAUGUAACAUUUUUUAAUCGUAAUAAUUUCGUGACGUGAGUCACAGAUGGUGACAUUUUUACUUCAAUAAACGGCUUUGAUAACAAAACAAUUGAACAGCAAGUUUUGAACUUUUUGGAAUAAUAAAUACAGCUUGGCUUUAAAAUUUUAAGAUAAAUGGAAAAGCUGAUAACUUGUACAAUGGUUGAGUCAUUAAUAUUGCUAAAAUAUUCAUUGCUUUUGAUGCAAAGAGUGACAGAAAGGAGGGAUGGUUGUUAUUUCGAUACCGGAAAAACUUCAAGAGGUUUGAUUCUGGAAGGUUUGUUAAAAAUAGUUCCGCAUCCUAUUUUCGAUUGCUUGUUUUUUUUUAAAGAGGAAAUCGAUUUCGCCUUUGUGUGACUUCGUAUCAAGACUUCUCAUGAUCUGAAGUAGUCCACAGCCGCUAUCUUUGAUAGUCGCGUCUGACAUCGCUUCGUCGAACUAGGUAAUCUUUCAGAGAUUGGUACAUCUUUAAACAGAGCGGAACUAUCCAUAUCGCGCCAUCUUUGCGUUGCUACUCAAAUGGGAUUUUUUUUUGACAACGGGAGGCGAAGAUUUUUAAUUCAAACUGAUAAUCAGGCAUUGUUUUGACAGCGUUUGAAUGAUAGUGGUCUGAAGAGUGAGAUAAUGUGAUGGAAUACAAUAGUUCGCAUGUUUGUUCAAUGUGUAAGCAUUUACGUUUGAAGUACGGAUCUCUUAUAACAGACGUAGUUUUGUAGAUGAACUUCCUAAGAAAGCCUGGAUGCAGAACUAAAUCUCUUUAAGCACUUACGCGACCUUUUCUUGUCGAGCUCUUUGUUACAUUGAGAAAUGGUAAAUGACAAUGUUUUGUUGUCUGUGCUGUCCAGUGGACCUUUUAAAUUGAGCUUAUUUUUAGAUAUCCAUCAGUAAACGAAAGCGGUUGAGCAGCAUGUUUUUGUGUUCUUUCAAUGGACAGUGUUUGUAAAUAAAACGUGAAUUAUUUCUCUUGUCAGGAAAGCAAGACAGCUUUGUUUCAUGCAGUUGAGAAAGGCCACGUCUUAAUUGUGAAGGAGCUUUUAGAUGCGGGAGCGAACACAGAAACUCAGAACAAGGUUUGUAAUAUGCUUCAAUGCGUUUUCACUGGUGGAAUUCAUAAUGGCGGACACCUUCUGUUUCACUCUUGUCUACUUGACUCGUCAUAUAGAAAUCUUCUUUUCGAGUUAACAUAAAUUCAUGUUUUUCUGUUGUUCUUUUCACGGGUGAAGAGGCUUAAAGCUGCCUUUUAAAUUAAGUGUUGCCAUUUUGUCUUCUCGCCAUUGAUACCCGGUAACAAGAUAGAUUUCAGAACAAACACAUUUUCAAGCAGAUUCUAUUACCAUACUCUGAUCUUAAAGAUUUUCUCGCGCUUUCGAAGAUAAAUAAAAAGAAAAUAUUGCAAUGCAUUUUGUUAGUGUUUUUUACCUUCUCUUUAACUGUGUUAUUGCAGGACGGUGAAACGCCACUUAUCAGAGCCACACAAAAGAAGCACACUGCAAUCGUAUCUCUUUUGCUUGAAAAAGGAGCCAGUGUCUCCGUAGCAGAUAAGGUUCGUGAUGUGUUUGUCCUGUUCCCUGUUUCGAAAAACGCUACACGGAGAGGAGAUCAGCAUGUAAUCACUCCUCUCAAUUCCAACUCAUUAUUAAGAAAGCAGGUGAUAAAAAUACAAAAUUUUAUCAAGUGAAGCAUGUUUCUUCUAUGCUACGCUGAAAUCUGAUCUGGUCCAUAUGGAUUUACAAGGAAACGACGUAAGGAGUGAAAUUCAAUAAUCAGAUUUUGUGAAGUAGGGGAAUAGCAGAUUAGUGUAGUAAUGUUAUAGUACGUAAGGCUUAUGUAAACAAACCCAUUUUUUUAGCACGAAUUAAAAUACAUGAUGUUCUCUUGAAAAACAAUCAUUCGAUGAAAGCUCGUCUCUCGCACGCCUCACUUGACCCCGUUUUGACUCGGGUUUGUUUAUCUCAGCGAGGAGAUACCCCAGUUCAUAUUGCCGUCAGAGGAAGAUACCGACGCAUUUGCGAACUCCUGUUAAGGAACCCAAAGGACGCUCGGCUUUUAUAUCGUCCCAAUAAAUCCGGAGAAACACCGUAUAAUAUCGACAGACAGCACAAACAUAGUCUGCUGACGCAAAUCUUUGGCACUGGUAAGGUUUCUGUUGGAUUAUUUGUCUAAAAUUUUAUCUAAUCAAGUUGUGUAUUUUGUAAUCCGCGUAAAUCUUCUCCAUCUGCCACCAUUCUCGUUCAUUUUUGGUUUAUUUGUUCCAUUUUGUUGUUCAUCUUUCCUAUCAAACCAAUAUUUUGUGUUUUUCGUCGUGUUCAGGGUGAUUCUGCGUUUCGCAACCCUCAACUACAUAUGUUGAAUGUAUCUGAAGGCUUUCAUCUAGGAAUCAUAUUGUGUUUUUCUCGAAUUAAUGUGGAGUAUGUGUUUGGAGACAUAGAAAUUACCGAAGGUCUUUCAAAUAUUAGGUCUUCUCACGAGAGAGAUUUUCAAUUCGCAAAUGAAGAUUCAUAGCACUUGAACUUGAAUACAAUUAUUUCAACUUUACCCAAUACCGAAUAUGCUCUAAACAGUUCAUUACAACCUCUUGAAUGUUUACCAACUGUUCUAGUCAGUCUUUCUUUCGUUCGUGUCUUCGUUUGGAAUUUGCAGUCUUGUGAAAAAUUAAUGACACGUUUUCAGAACUCAGGUUGACGUUUAAGUGGUUAGAAAAAUACAGCAUUGCUGGUGUUAGUGGGACUUCAUUACCAAUUUCCAAAGGGGAAUUAACUAACUGUUGUUCCAAGAUCUCUCUUUCAAAAGGGCUCGAGCAUUAUCUGAAAACUCUAGUAAUGAUCAGACUCGCUAUAGAGUUCUCUGCAGCUCAUUGGUGGAGCGUCAGAGCGCGGGGACCGAAGGUUUGGGGUUCGAUUUAUCACGGGAACUCGGAUUUUUUUCUCUGCUCCACGCUUGUGACAGGACAAAUAACACUAUUUGAAAAUAACUUAUUAUGACGAUGUGCUUAUCAUUUUUAAAAAAUCAUAGUUGACUCGUUUUGUUCAGAAGAUAGUCUUAAGUAUACUCUGUUUACAGGUCUUUUUACUCCGGGUAAGAAAUACAGUGAGGAAGUGAUGGGUUAUGAGGUCUACACCAGUGCCUUAGCGGACGUGUUGUGCGAGCCUUCGCUCACCAUGCCGCUGACUGUUGGAAUGUAUGCGCGGUGGGGGAGCGGCAAAUCUUUUGUUUUACGGAGGUUGCAAGGUAAAAAUUGAAAUCAAUAGUUUUCUGAUUUUAAUAACUGAAUGAUAUUUUUGUUUCUUUUCGUUUGGGUUCUUUCUUUCAUCAAAUAUAGUCAGAUUCUCUAAGGGAGAAAAGAACUCACUUAUCUUUUUCGCGCUGCCAGCAUUCGGUCUUACACCGCAGUUGGUAACAGCACUCAGCUAGUCUCUGGCACAGGCAAUAAUUUUUUUCGAUCAAUGAAAUAUCUGAGCAACUGCCUACCUGCCCUUCCCUUAACUCAACAUUAACCCUAACUUGUUAUCAAUUGAGUGCUGAUUGCGGGUAAGUGCGUAGUUCCUCGGAUACUAACAUUGAUCUGAGUUUUUCAACCUUCUUUUUCUGCAAUUUCUAACGCCAUGUCUCUGUUUCGUUUGUUGCAGAUGAGAUGCGUGAGUUUGCUCAUCAAGAUCUUCGUCCAAUGUUUCACUUUUCUCGCUUCAUAUUUGUAAUUCUUCUGGUGUUCUGUGUAGUGAUUGGUGUUCUACUCGCGGCAACUACGAGUCUUGCCGCUGGCGUUGCCGUAGGAGUCGGUAUUUUCGUGACAUGUUAUCUGCUGUUUUUGUGCGCGUAUGUGGCAGAUAGACGCUACAACCGCGGAGAACCGUCUUGCGGCAUAGGCGGUUACGUAACCAAGGCGGUGGGUACCGUAAAAUUGUUGAGCCAACUGGUAUUUUGUAUUCCUCCGUGUCCGAGUGCCACGAAACCGAACAUGCCAGUUCGCUUCCUCUUCACAGACUUUAGUAAAUUGACUUGCAGUGGAAGCGAAGCGGCUUCAUUGGUCGGAAUGAUUGAAACGUUAUGUGACGUUGUCGAGAAAGAGUUCGGAUUUUUCGUGACGAGGUUAUAUAGAGUGUUUCGCUCCCAACCUUCCGAUUAUGAUGAAUCGACGUUGACAGAAGCGCGCUGGAAACGCUGCUGUUGUUGUAUACCAACGUUUACGAUAUUUCUUGCGAUUCUAGCGCUUGGUAUGAUCGGUGUUGUGUUUUUCAGAGUGUACGGGACGAAGGGCAGUUCUGUUAUAACAGGCAUAGAAAUCGCAUCUGCUUCGAUUGUGGGCGUGGCGGUUUUGAUUCACCUGCCCACCCUGUGCUCAAUCUUAUACUCCUUGGUUUUCUCGCAGAAGAAGCGAAUUUCUGUGGUAGCCACACAGCUGGGUUUGAAAGAGGAGGGAUUCAUCCACGCGCUGAAACAAGAGGUAGAGCUCUUAACAGAUUUGGUAAAUUGCGUAGAUGGAUUCACCAGGCAUCAGACAAGAGUUGUGAUAGUAAUUGACGGACUUGACAACUCGGAGCAGUCGAAAGUGUUACAACUUCUGGACUCUGUAAACCUGCUUUUCACUGAUCCUGAAGCGCCUUUCAUUAUAUUAAUGGCUUUGGAUCCUCGAGUCAUCAUCCGGGCAAUCGAUCAAAGCUUUAGCAGUAUUCUGCGCGAGUCUCAUAUCAGCGCGUCUGAUUAUUUAAAAAGCAUAGUACAACUUCCAUUUUACCUUCCUGAACCCAAGUCUAAUUACACCGGAGUGUUGUCGACAGGAGUUGUCACCCUUCUAGAUGAACUGAGAGGUGAGCUUCAGACUGAUAAUCCAGGUGCAGCGGAGCGCUCCAGCAUGGCGCGUUCCAGUGUGGCCGUGGACGAUCUGGAGUGGGACGGAGAGAUGUUGGAAUUCAACGAGGGUGACAACUGUCUCCCUCAGGGGCAUAGAGUAUCACGGGAUUUGCAUAACUGUAACGGAGGGGUGCCGAGUCGGAUCCAUCCCGAACUAGAGCUGCAUCACUCCAUGCUCUAUGAGCCAGAGUCUCAUGAGGAAGAGCGCUGUUUGGAUCAUCAGAAGCUUUUGGACCACGAGUUGGAGCUCGAGGAGCGUCGCCGUAUCUCAACUGACCUUGCGCAAGUGCUUGCUGACAACGAGACUGUAAAUCCUCUCGGCGUGAAACGCCUCAUGAAUAUCGUCUCUUUAACGUGUCGUCUGCUUCGUGCGCGCGGUAUUGAUUACUCAUGGAAGCGUCUUGCAGCCUGGGUCAGUGUAGUUGAUGGAUGGCCGUAUCGGACAUCCUGGCUUGUUCUUCUAAUCGAGGACAGCAACACCCGUUUGCAGGAUAAUGUACCGUUGAAGGAUCUUUACGAAGCGACAUUGUCCGCCAUGCCAGUAAUCAAUGAAGUGGAUUGCGCAGUAGACGGAGACCCUGUGUAUUUUGAGACUUUCCUCGCCAGUCAUCAUCCGCUUCUGAGCACGUCUGAUGUGAAGCGUUUCCUGCCGUGCACUGUGCAUUUGGAUCCGUCGUUACGUAGGCAGAUGGUAGAGUGUUUGCAUUCAGGAACCAGCGUAGCGGGCAACAAAUCUGAUACUGGUAGCGUUGGCAAGGGAAAUCCACAUUUGCAGGUGAGGGGGUCGCUAGGUAAAAGGUUAACUUUGUUGUUAGCAUAAGUGAAUUGGAAAUGUGGAAAUUAAAAUGAGGUACCUUGUGCCUUCUCUGAAAUUUAAUCUUGGUCCCAAAUAACUCGACAGUAACCAUGAAAACGUUGCGCGUGGUCUAUAAACUGUGCGCCUACUUGAAGCGCAGGUCACACAUCUCAGUAUUGUUGUUCUUAUUGUUCGUCAUGUCCACUUUACAUUUAAUGAGGCCAAACUUUUAAUUGCUUUGCUUUGUUCAAUGUGCUCGAUGAAGCUUGCAUGUUUGCGAGCUGCUGAAACUUUAAUUAUCGAGUUUUGGAGACUAUUUAGGAUUUGUAGAAUUUGAAUUAAAUCUUUGGUGAAUCAUGUUGCCACAAAAUCAUACUUUAACCCUCGUUACACUCAAACUGCUUAUUUUUCUUCUCGCUUCCGCUGAUCCAUUGUUGCAGUAAUGCGUUUCCAUACCAAGGACUAAACCACUUUUUGGGUCGGUUAACUUUGAUCAGAGGUGAGGGUGGGGUAGGUGAAAUAAGCCUAUUAUUUUGCUUGGGAUGAAUGUUGCUCUAACAGGGCAGAAUGUCUCAACAAUUUUGUGUAAAAUGGUGGAUACAGUAAAUGGUUUGAACCUGGUGGUUUAUUGAGAAGGAUUGUUGUCGGUAGUGGUGACUACUAGUCAUAACAUUGUUGAAUUGCUUUCUGCAGCAAUGUCGAGCUGCACUCAAGCGUUUUAUCCCCACUAAGCGCUGUGCAGCAAGUACCCACAGCUCAAUCAAUGCGUACUGCAAUGCCCAGUGAUCAAUAAAUCAUGAGUAAGAGUUAAAUAAAAGAAAUUCCUCUAACGAGCAUGACUGUGUUUCUCUUCAGGUCGGCUCCAUAGGAAGAUCUGAAAAGCAAACAAGCUUAGCUACUUUAACUAUCGAAGAUGUUUGCAAACAGGUAGGCGGAACGGGGCUGUUGUUGUAAUGUUGGAGCUUAAAUAACAUGAGAAUUUGUCUAACUUGACUGUAAAACGGGCGGUUUUCAAUUCCACAUACAAUUCUUUUGAGGUUAGUUUGGAGAAUUUGGUAUUAGAUCAACUAUUCAUCCCCUGAUUGAAAUUUUUCUUUUUCCUCAUCACUCGACCGCUAAAUAUUGUAUUUAUAUCGUAAGGAUUCAAUUAUGGGAUUGGAAGGGUUAAUGUUAUAAAAUCGGAACAAGUUCCAGCUUGAUGGGCGAGAUGGCUUAUUUGCAUGCAGGCUUUGCCUUCACCUUUGUUUCUUUUUCGCUCUACAGCUCGCUGAAAUGGAGGGUUUGGAUCAAAAGCAGAUAUCAACUUAUCAGACCGUCGUAACAGAAAAUAACAUCAACGGUAAAGUUCUGGCGUCGUGCGACUUAUCUGAACUUAGCCACAUCAUGGCGAUGACGUUCGGUGAUUGGCAGCUGUUCCGCGCAUGGAUUCUAACAGCUAGAAAUCCAAACCAAGAAUGUACAACGUGGUUAGUAACACUGUAAAUCUAUGUCGAUCUUUCGCAACUUUUUUUGUUCCGUGAACUUAUUUUGAUAUUCAUUGUACAAUAUUUAUCUUUUGCACGCGCUGUUUGUUAUUUUCUUUGCUUGAAAUUAGUACCUAAAAUAGAACGGUACCUACUAAAUAGAACGGGGUGUUUCCGAUGUUCGGGAGGAUCUUCGAUCUAAUGGAUUUUGGAUACCUUGGAGUAUGGGAGGAUAUGUGGGAGGAUAUGUGUUCUGUGUUAGGGCUUGUUUCCUCGUGGUUUUACUCUGUUAAGCAACCAGAGGUGUGGGACUUGGUGAGCGGAUAUUCCCGGUAAGCCUUGAAGCAGGACCACCGGUGGGUUUCAUGCAUGCUAAACCCACUACAGCAUUAUUUAACCAAGCUGGCUGGCUGGCUGGCUGGCUGGCUGGCUCGUGCGCCUUUCCUAGUUAAAGUCUCGCUGCAUCAUAGCGACUCGUGCAUGACGUGCGUUAUCUCUCUCUCAUGUCUCAUCUUCAUUUGUGAACAUUACAGUCACCUUCAUUUUAUGUUCACUCAAGUGUCCCUAGUGUAUUCAUCUGAGCUCCUCCUCGUUCAUUUCUUCCAGUCACUUGAGUAACAGAUGCGUAAGUCCAGGAGAGAUGAAUUGCCAGCUGCUCAAGACAUCCUCCUCAGGUUAGAUAGUUAGCUGCAUGCAUGCUAUUUUGGUGAAGUUUACAUCACUGGAGCUUCUCCUGAUUUCCGCAGCAUUAAGCAACCGGAAGUAUUGCUACACUCCAUCCAGGCAUGCUAGUUGUGGUUCAUCAUAGUUUACACCACUCUCCGCCCCCACGCUGGUACUCAUCUAGACUCCUGGGUGGGGAGAGGUACGGAGAGGGUUUAGAGUAUUGCGUAAGAUCACUAGACAAUGACCUCAGCUAGAGGUCGAACCCAGACCUCUCAACCUAAUACACCACUCUGAACAAAAACCCUUUUGCUAUUGAACAGUGCUUUUUAUUGCUUUGGUAAGAUUUUUUAGUUUUUUUUUUUUAAACUUUAAAUAGCAGAAUCAUUCAAGAAUACGCGAUUUUAUUCAUGUUUAGUAAUCUGUCUUCCAAGACUAAUUUACACUCAAUCAUUUUUCGUGUGUUUUCUUGUUGAAAUCUUCAGGGGCAUGGGAUCACGCCAAUCCGCUGACUGCCCCUGGGAGGAACCGCGCAGAUUCAACGGAACAAGCUUCACUAGAGUUUCAUUCAUCGAAAGCCCCGGACAUAGUACUACAGCCUCCGUCGGCGCCGGACAGCGAGGAGGAAGACAAUAACGGGGAAACGGUUAACACGGCCGAAACAGAACUUGAAAAAGAUGAAAACGUAACGAGAAUGAAUGAGUUAUCCGAUGGCGAUGAAGAUGAAGGAGUAGGAAGCUCCAGUGCUGGCUUGAAUCAGGUCAAAAUUAAGGAAGACAGUGUUCUUAUUUCGCUAGAGGACGAUAUUAACCUCCCACCCCAGCCUCAUCUUCAAGCAGCGUUUAAGAACGAUGAUGAUAAUGACGACGAGCUCCCUGCUCCUCCCCUUAGCGGUACUGAUUUGAUUACGUUUAGUGAAUCUGAAGACCAACGCGAACGUUCAGACGUUGAGAACGAUAUUUUUGUAGUUCAGCCGGGUGCUUCGAAUGCACAAGGAAAAGCAAUUAAUACCCCACCAGUCAUGGAAUGCACGUGUGAGAAUCUAAAGCUCAUGGAGCCUGUCCAGGAGCGCAAAUCGUCCAAGAAUUCUCUGUUCUUUGACACGGAAGAUAGCGUAGAGGUUGGUCGUCCUGCACCCGUUGUUAUUACACUGAACAGAAACGGACCGGUUAAGGCUGCUGUGGCCGUCAAACGAAGCAAUAGCUCAUCAGGGAGUAGCACAGGUAGUUCCAGUUCAGGUCGAUUACCAAUUUCACAAUCAAUUUCUACUGAUGUCCACCACGAGAAAUCUGCCCCCAGUUUUUCUCCCUCAAUACGUCAAAAUUCUCUCCCGGAGCCUAGUCACGUAAUACGACCCCACUCUGCCUCGGAUGUUGUCACUAUCGAACAUCGGCCCAAAUUUUUAAGAAAGAGCCCGCCGGUUGAUUCGGACAGCGAACCUGAAUCGUUCGCGCAGGCGUCGGAUCCGUUGAUUCCCGAACCAACGAAAGAAGAUAAAGACUUACAGCGCUGUAGUCGUGAUUCAAACGACUUUCCACCACCUCCACCGUCCAUCGAAGACAGCUCAAAUUUCGACCAAGGGGACUGCCCUUGGGUGCCACUUAUGAGUCGAUUUCAGGUCGAGGCUGGUGGUUCGUCUGUGUCAGAAAGCGAGCAACCGCUGUUACCGGAUCGUCGUCCCAGGCCUAAAUCGUCAACGGGUGUGAUUGAAAAUAAAGCGCCCAAAUUUCGCACGUAUACUCCGAAACCGAAACCAACUUACGUGGAGACGAAAAGUAACCAACAUCAAAACCUGAAAAGCGAGACUUGUGUGUGAUAUGUGGAGUUUUACGGAAUCUUUCGGACGACAGCUUUGAUUUGACUUAAAUUCAGGAAAUUUACAGAAGGGUGCAAAUGACAGGAGAGCAGUUUGAACAAUAUGAUGGUUGUUAUGGUUUACAGGAAGAACCGACCGUGAUCUGAAAGCGUUGUAUAUAUUCUAGCGUGUAGUGAGAUCAAGUCUAAAAUCCACAGACCUGAAGCUAAAAUUCAUUUGGAAAAGAAAUUCGUUGCAUCCUUUGACGAGGUCAUUCUGUCUCUCAAUAUUGAAGGUGUGAUAGGAAUUAUUCCAUCAAAAUGAUCAGAUUUUUAGAAUCGAGUUAAUUUGACAUUUCUUUUGUUGAACAAUUUAUUUGAAAUUGAAGUGAUAAGAAGCGUGUUUGAGAUUUAAUCUUUUCAGUUUUUUAAAAAUUAGGCAAACUUUGAGCUCACCAAGCACCGAAUCUUUUACAAGUAAAUGAUCAAGUUUCUAAGCAAUGCUAGGUAUCGUGGAAUUUUGUUUCCAUAGUUUCGAUAUUCGUUAUUUUGAUGAAAGAGCGCUUUUCGAUUGAGUGUCGUAGAACCAAAAGCAAAGUAGUUCACAACGGCCAAUCAGAUAAAAGGAAAAAAUCAUAAAGAGCCAAUGAGAACUCAAAGUAGAAACAAGCUAACCGCCUAAAGCGCGGGAAAACGCAGGUGACCAAGUCGUGAUUGGUUUUAAUUUUGCAUCUCAUUGGUUGAGAGAGUGGCGCAAGUUUUCUGGACCAAUUACAGAGCAAAGUAAAGCAAAGACAAAGCAAACCCGGAUUUCUGUUGACUCUCAAUUGGAAAUUGCUCCAGCAAAGAUAAUUCGUUCGUUAGAUUUCUGGUAUUCCGAAAGCGUUAUAUUUAGCUUAAAGUUCAAUGUUUGAACCUGAUUUUUAUGUACGUUUUUUAAUCUCAGUUUUACUAUUAUAUAUUUGUGACUGUUGCAAAGGUGAAACCAAUGACGUCAGCAUAUGUAAUAUUCUUAGUGAACCAAUCAUAAAACAGAAAUAUCUUAGCCUAGAAAAACACGGGAAAAUAAUUGGCGUUAACCAAGGGAAGUGCCGUUUUUCCCCCAUCCGAUUGGCCAGGGACUCAUGUAUUAGAUCGAUUUCAAACUCAAUCAAAGUAAGAGCCUAAGCGAGUGAUUCUUUUUCGAAUUUGCUAGCUUGUUGAUAUAACCUUGAAGUGACUUCCUCAAGAAAUGAUUUCUAUGGAGUUGCACAACACUCCAUCGCAAUUGCAGUCUAUUUAUUUACAGAUGUAAGUUUUAAGUUUACAAGCUCGAGAAUGAGUUGAGAAAACGAGAAAUUAUCAAUGAAAAACGAUCAAACUGUGAUGUGUGUGUGGUGUCAAUAUUUGUGGGUUUGGAAGCAAGGUCUUCUGCAGGGGAUGGGAGAGGUUCAAAACAGUCGUUUUCCCAGGAUACUGUUGCACGAAUUAGAAGUCAACGC